GGCGCGGGGUGGAGUCCUCCUCGAUCCCGUGGUGCUCCGCGGCUCGGCCUCGCUCUCUUCCGGUCGCGGGCAGCCGAGCCGUAGAGGGCGGUCGCGGCGGGCACGGUGGGCAGCGGCUGGUCGUUGGCGGCAGAAUGUUGGCGACCAGAGUAUUUAGCCUGAUUGGCAGGCGUGCAAUUUCCACCUCGGUGUGUGUUCGGGCCCAUGGAAGUGUUGUAAAGAGUGAAGAUUUUGCUCUCCCGGGUUAUGUGGACCGGCGUGACUACCCCUUGCCUGAUGUGGCCCACGUCAAGAACCUGUCUGCCAGCCAGAAGGCCUUGAAGGAAAAGGAGAAGGCUUCCUGGAGCAGCCUCUCCAUUGAUGAGAAAGUUGAACUGUACCGCCUUAAGUUCAAGGAGAGCUUCGCUGAGAUGAACAGAAGCACAAACGAGUGGAAGACAGUGGUGGGCGCGGCCAUGUUCUUCAUCGGUUUCACUGCGCUCCUCCUCAUCUGGGAGAAGCACUAUGUGUAUGGCCCCAUCCCGCACACCUUUGAAGAGGAGUGGGUGGCCAAGCAGACCAAGAGGAUGCUGGACAUGAAGGUGGCCCCCAUCCAGGGCUUCUCGGCCAAGUGGGACUACGACAAGAACGAGUGGAAGAAGUAAGGCCCCACGGUUCCCGAGUCUGCACCUCACCUGUCCGGUCACCUCCAUGCAGCUCCGCAUGUUCACUGGAAGCGCUGUGUCGCAGCACCAGUGCUAAUAAACGUGCAGUUUACGUGAA